AUGUCGAGAUCCGGUGUUGCCGUCGCAGAUGAAUCCAUGAAAGCCUUCAAUGACCUAAAAUUGGGCAAGAAAUACAAAUUCGUUUUGUUUGGUCUAAAUGACAGCAAAACCGAAAUCAUCGUCAAAGAGACUUCGGACGCGCAAGACUACGACGCUUUUCUAGAAAAGUUGCCAGAGGACGACUGCCUUUACGCCGUUUACGACUUUGAGUACGAAAUUGGCGGCAACGAAGGCAAAAGAUCCAAAAUUAUCUUCUACACCUGGUCUCCAGACACUGCCCCAGUCAGAGCGAAGAUGGUGUACGCUUCCUCAAAGGACGCUCUAAGAAGAGCUUUGAACGGUGUAUCUACUGACAUUCAGGGCACUGACUUCUCUGAAGUCGCUUAUGAAUCUGUUUUGGAGAGAGUCAGCAGAGGUGCCGGCUCUCACUAA